AUGUUACUUUACAAUACGGAAAGCAGUGACAAUGUGGAGCAAUUUCAUUGUGUUUACUAUACAAAAGAUUCGACUGUUAAGUAUUGUGUAAGACCUGGCACGAACGUAUCAUUGAGUUCAGCGAUGAACAAGUGUUUACAUGGAGAAAAACUGGCCUUUAGUGAGUUGCUGGCACGAGAAGUGUCACCGUGGGAAGUUCUCCAAUGGAGUUCGAGUGUUGAACAGGUGGAUGAUUAUGCACGCUUAUUCUACAAUCGAUUGGAACCAGUUGAGGAACAGUCGUAUUUGUGCAACUGUACUAAGGAAGGCUCUUUUGGCAAAAGUUGUGAAUAUGAACUUCUCUUUGAUCCGUCAUCAUUUAGUAAGGCUUUACAGAAAGUUUUCGACGCAAAUGAUGUCAUCAAGGGUCACCAGAUAUGGGGUAGUAUUCUAUUCUACGUAGCUUUGGUGUGCGAUUAUGGACUGUUAUGUCUAGACUGGAGAAAUAUUUGUGAUGGAGCGCAAAACUGCAUGGAUGGACACGAUGAGGAAAAUUGUGAUCUACUGGAAUUUAACGAGUGUGAAGAUGACGAGUACCGGUGUGUUGAUGGAAUGUGCAUCUCGGAAGAAUACUGGCUUGACGGUGAGUUGGAUGAUAAAAUUCCACUGUGA